AGUAGAAAAAAAAUGUGGAAGCUAAAAACAGCACAAGGGGAAGGAUUAUGGCUAACAAGCAGCAAUAAUUAUAUUGGAAGACAACAUUGGGAAUAUGAUGAAGAAGGUGGAACUCUUCAAGAAAGAGCUCUUGUUGAUGAAAUGCGUCAAAAUUUCACAAAAAAUAGAUUCCUUCAUAAACAAAGUGCCGAUUUACUCAUGCGUAUGCAGCUAAGGAAAGAGAAUGGAUGUGGAGCAAUUGGAGGAAGAGUGAAGUUAGAAGAAUCAAAAGAUGUAACAGAAGAAGCAGUGAAAAUUAGAUUGAGAAGAAGUAUAAGUUAUUACUCAACAAUUCAAGCACAUGAUGGGCAUUGGCCGGCUGAAUCUGCCGGCCCUUUAUUCUUCCUACCCCCUUUGGUAAUGGCAUUGUAUGUGACUGGAGAUAUGAAUGUUGUUUUAUCACCAGCUCAUCAAAUGGAGAUUAAACGCUACACUUACAAUCAUCAGAACGAAGAUGGAGGUUGGGGAUUUCAUAUAGAAGGACAUAGCACAAUGUUUGGGACAGUAUUUAAUUAUGUAGCACUAAGAUUACUAGGAGAAGAUUGUGAAAAUAAUUCAUUGGCUAAAGGACGUAAAUGGAUCCUUGAUCACGCUGGUGCUGUUGCUACUCCUUCUUGGGGAAAGUUUUGGCUCGCGGUGCUUGGAGUAUAUGAGUGGGAUGGGUGCAACCCAAUGCCACCGGAAUUUUGGAUCAUGCCUACAUUAUUUCCUAUUCAUCCAGGAAAAAUGUUGUGCUAUGCUCGUUUGGUGUACAUGCCUAUGUCCUACUUAUAUGGAAAGAGAUUUGUUGGAAGGAUAACUAGUUUGGUGCAAUCUAUAAGAGAUGAAAUUUACAUUCAACCUUACCAUCAAAUUGAUUGGAAUAAAUCAAGGAAUACAUGUGCUAAGGAGGAUCUUUACUAUCCACAUCCACUUAUACAAGAUACACUUUGGGGGUUCCUUCAUCACUUUGCUGAGCCAAUGUUAAAAAGAUGGCCAUUUAACAAGUUGAGAGAAAAGGCUUUGAAAGUUGCCAUGGAUCAUAUUCACUACGAGGACCAAACUAGUAGAUACAUUUGCAUUGGAUGUGUCGAAAAGGUUUUAUGUCUUACGGCUUGUUGGGUGGAAGAUCCAAAUUCAGAAGCAUAUAAACGUCACCUUGCUCGAUUACCAGAUUAUUAUUGGAUAUCUGAAGAUGGUUUAAAAUUUCAGUCCUUUGGUUGUCAAACUUGGGAUGCAGUAUUUUCAAUCCAAGCAAUCUUAUCAAGUGAUGUGGCUGAAGAAUUUGGGCCAACACUCAAGAAAGCAAAUAAUUUUCUAAAAGCAUCACAGGUGAGGGAGAAUCCUAGUGGGGACUUUAAAAAAAUGUAUAGGCACAUAUCUAAAGGUGGUUGGCCAUUUUCCAUGCAAGAUCAUGGUUGGCAAGUCUCUGAUUGCACUUCUGAAGGAUUAAAGUGUGCACUUUUAUUUUCACAAAUGCCUACACAACUUGUUGGGGAAAAAUUCGAUGCUGAGCGCUUAUAUGAUGCAGUAAAUGUGAUUUUGUCUCUCCAGAGCGAAAAUGGGGGUUUUCCAGCUUGGGAGCCUCAACGUGCCUAUCGCUGGUUGGAGAAAUUUAAUCCUACGGAAUUUUUUGAGGAUACCAUAAUUGAAAGAGAGUAUGUGGAAUGCACUUCAUCAUCAAUCCAAGCUUUAUCAUUAUUUAAAAAAUUGCACCCUGGACAUCGAAGGAAGGAAAUUGAUGUUGCAAUUACAAAAGGCUUACAAUACAUUGAAAAUACACAAAAUCCUGAUGGCUCUUGGACGGGUUGUUGGGGAAUUUGUUAUACAUAUGGAACAUGGUUUGCAGUGGAUGGAUUAAUAGCUUGUGGAAGAACCUAUUCUACUAGUCAUGCCCUUCAAAAAGCUUGUCAAUUUUUGUUGUCAAAACAAUUGUUAGAUGGUGGAUGGGGUGAGAGUUACCUUUCAAAUUCAAACAAGGUUUAUACAAACAUUGAAGGGGAUAAGUCAAAUUUGGUGCAAACUUCAUGGGCAUUGUUAGCUCUCAUUAACGCUGGACAGGGGGAAAUUGAUCCAUCACCAAUACAUUGUGGAAUAAGAUUGUUAAUAAAUUCACAAAUGGAAGAUGGUGACUAUCCACAACAGGGAGUAACAGGGGCAUUCAUGAAGAAUUGCACCUUAAACUAUGCAUCAUACAGAAAUAUAUUCCCAAUAUGGGCUCUUGCACAAUAUCACAAACGUCUUCUCAUCAAACUCAACUAGAAAAUUUUUAUUUUACUAAUUCAAUAUGUAUACUAAAUAAUUGUACUUCUAUUUUAUUUUUUCAUGUAUUUUCAUCUUUGCUAAAAAGAGGUGGAUCACAAAAUAUACAUGCUCU